CACAUAAUGAUGUCAGCGUGCUACCGCCAGUAAUUUCCCGGCCUUAGCGCCUUCCUCCCGCCACUUCAUCCCCUGGCCUGGCGCGUCACGAAGAAAGCUACCUACCUUAGGUACCUAACCUUACUAGCCAGUGUCGAAUUGAUUAACGGAAUUUAACCUCAGUUACCUACCAUAGACCCUUUUCGCAGACCUCAACCUCAAAAUCACCAACAUUUGUAGAACGUUGACUCCAAAGCCUCAUCUGCCUCUUAGUGGAGGAAACGGAUCUCCUUAUCCAACAUUCCUUUUUUUCCAGUCCAAGUGACGCUUUUUGAGUAUGCACCGUUUCCAUAGUUCAACAUUUCCAUUCCGUAGCCGCAUCUUCAUAGCCGAUCGAUCGAAACGAUAUCCACGAUGCCUGGCGGACUAGAAGCAUCACGUUGGGCCUCAGCCCCAAGCAAUUAUCGCAUCAACAAACCACAAGGUAGCCGCCGUCGCUCCGCGCGAACUUCGUCGACUCUAUCACUAUCAACCCCCUCAACCAAAUCAGCCUCUCAAUCCGAUAACUUCCUUACCCAAGACAGCUUAUCCGACGGCCCACCCCCGCCCGAAUACGAGUUAUCUCGAUUCCUCAAGAUUGUCGCUCGUCUCAAUUGGAAAAUGCCGUUCCUUAAGGAGGGAUAUCGCAUAGCUAUAGAUCAUACCGGCAAACCACCCUCUCAAAUCGAAGCUCACGAGAUUCAAUUUAAGCUGGACUUCCAUGAAUUCUACAUGCUCAUUGAGCGAGCCCUGGUCCGCCUGAUGGGCAUAUUUGGAAUCGUCGUGAAGAAUCAAGGCGCUACAAUCAACGGCGUUUUCACGCUAUACGGCAGCUCAGGGGGCGGUCAGCACCAAUACCAUGCAAACGUUCUUAGGGCGCUUGAAGACUCGAAAAACCCCCUCAGUGUCAUAUUUGGGGCUGCCGAAGUCCGGAAGCAGCUCUUGCAAGCUAAAGAUCUCCGCAACCGCUGGAAGAACAUUGACGAGGCAGACUCAACAUCGCUUCCACCCGCGCCGCUCUCGACCUAUAACCUCGAGCUUAUUGUGCAGACUAUUCUUUUGGCGAUCGAACGCGCACACACUUUCACCGUCAACUAUGUUGUUGAGCGCGAAGGCAAACCCAUGAACACUCCAAGCGGUACCAUCGGGGAGAAAGACUGGGAGUUUAUGGUGGAUGCGAUGGAUUGGGAAGCCGUUUGAUUUACCUUACUUCUAGGCAUAUUGAUGCAUUGGCGUAGCAAUCCAUUAUUUGGAUUCCUCUCUUGUUUCUUUCAAGUAUAGUCUUAGGCAGUUUGACUGCGUCAGUUUUUGGUAGGGGGCCAUUGGCGUUUAGGUUGACGAUAUGAUUACGGCAUGAUACCCGGACCUAUAGGAUAAGGUAUCCUUUUGGCUCAACUGUUACUUGAACACUAGCAUCUGGUUUGCGUUACCUUCAGUUCAACUGUUACUUGAACACUUGAACACUUGAACACUGAACCUACAUGUAACAAUUCAGAAUCAUCUUUACUUAUAAUAACUAACCAUAAGAGUUAGUCAAACCCC